CCUUACUAGAUAAGAACUCGAAAGCUUGGUAUAAAGUGUUGCGCCGAUGACGCUUCCACUCCACAGACGCAUGAGAUUGUGAGGAGCGUGCUCUUCUUGCCGUUGCCGUCGCCGUCGCUAGAAUGUCCGAUAGUACUAAUUUCCAGUCGCCGGACUCGGCGGACAUGGACUUCAACGACCAGUCCGAUUUCGAGCUCUCGGAGUUCCUAAAGAUCGAUGAGUGGUUGGGCGAUGAUCCGGCGUCCAUGGUCCACGGGGCGCCGGCGAAUAGUUAUUUUUAUCAGUCCAAUGAAGUUGACGAUUCCAUCGGAUCCAGCAGCAACCCGGACGGCCCCAGUGGACCAGGUGCCGAAGGCGGAAAGGAGAAGAAGGAAGUUAAAGAAAGGUUCGCCUUCAAGACGAAAUCCGAGGUCGAGAUACUAGAUGAUGGUUUCAAGUGGAGGAAGUAUGGAAAGAAGAUGGUGAAGAACAGUCCGAAUCCGAGGAACUACUAUCGGUGCUCAGUGGAAGGAUGUCCGGUAAAGAAGAGAGUUGAACGGGACAGAGACGACCCGAGGUACGUAAUAACGACCUACGAGGGCAUCCAUAAUCACCAAGGGCCCUUCUAGUCGCAGACAUUGCGGAGGCCGUGCUCACAUUUGUGAAGUUUGGUUGAAGUAUGUGCUGAUGUAGAAUCGAAGAGCUGUUUUUGAAAGGAGCUCGAGAGUCACUGAUAGUCUUGUACUGUAUGCGACUCACAUUCGUGAAGUUAUGUUGAAGUACGUGCUGAUGUAGAAUCGAAGAGCUGUUUCCGAAUGGAGCUCGAGAGUCACUGAUAGUCUUGUACUGUAUGCAACUCUUGUUUUUGCAGUGUAACAAAGAAUUAUUGCAGCAGCGAUUGUAGGGUACCUUUUCAAUAUCUAUAAAUUAGCAGAUCGUGUCGA